AUUUCAGCAUCGCUACAAGGUCGUCCGUAAACUACAGUCUCAUUACUUAUUGGAAUCAACACUGUUCGUUAUGAGUAACAUCUACGUUACCGAACCAGCAACUCAUGGUAAAGUUAUUCUAAAGACCACAGUUGGGGAAAUAGAAAUUGAGUUAUGGUCCAAAGAAGCCCCUAAAGCAUGCAGAAAUUUUGUCCAGCUGUGUAUGGAGGGCUACUAUAAUGACACAUCAUUCCAUCGGCUUGUUCGUGGUUUCAUCGUUCAGGGUGGAGAUCCGACAGGUACUGGAGAAGGUGGCGAAAGUAUAUACGGACAACCCUUUAAGACGGAAAUUCAUUCAAGACUAUCCUUCAAUCGUCGUGGCCUUGUUGGGAUGGCGUGCCUUGAAGAAAACAUGAACGGGAGUCAGUUUUUCUUCACUCUAGGGUCGGCUACAGAACUUACAGGAAAACACACAUUGUUUGGUCGUGUGGCUGGUGAAACUCUGUUCAAUAUGCUGCGGCUCGGUGAAGGAGAUGUAGGCCGAAACGAACGACCGUUGAGGCUUCAUCGGAUUGUUAGCACUUAUGUUAUACUCAACCCAUAUGACGAUAUUGAACCGAGGCAUCGGCCAAAGAAGGUAGUUAAAUCAGGUCCCGAAGAGGAAGUUAAGGUCACUGCAAAAGCUACAAAGAAUUUUUCUCUUCUAUCUUUCGGAGAAGAAGCAGAAGAAGAGGAAGAAGUUGUAAACACAGUAGUUGAGAAAUUUCGACAAAAGAGUAAAAGUGCUCAUGAUCUCCUUUCUGAUCCUCGUCUUAGCUCAAUCCCGGUGACGAUAAGCGAUGAAGAUGCUGAGGCAGUUAAUCGUGCAAAAUCAGAAUUAGAAAAAGAAAUUCAAGAACGACAACGGCGACGUGAUGCAACACACCUUCAAGAAGAUGAAGCUAAAGCCAAACGAAUUGAAAUGUUGCGACAAGAAGCUGAGGAAUUACGUCGUCAAAUAGCAUUGUCAAAGCGCGCUGAAAAAAACAAACAGUCGAAAGAGAAGGAAGAAUUAGAACGUAAGGCCCGUGAAGCUCAAGAGCAAAAAGAACAAGAAGAAGCUGCCUUGGCCCGCUGGGAGGCUAAACAAAAAGGCGAACUUGAUGGUGAUUCAAAGACUACUCAACCUUUGGUAGAUGAUUUAGAAACUUUUUCAGCUGAUUUUGCCAGUUACAAAGCAAAGUCAAAAAAAGCUAUAAAGGGUUCUGAACGUGAAGCUGUAACUUUAUCAUUGUUGGAACGAUUCGGUAAUCGUCUUCGUAGUGUUAUUGGUUCCGAAGAAUCAAACGAAGAACUUUGGAAAUUUUCACCUAUGGAUGAUUGGUAUGUUUGCUGUUGACACAUAGAACAAUUUGUUUUAUUUGAAACAAGUGGUACAUUACUUACUUGCGCCUGUCACUCCCGAUGGAUCAUAGGCCACCGACCAGCAUUCUCCAACCCACUCUGUCCUGGGCCUUCUUUUCUAAUUCCAUCCAAUUCUUGUUCAUUUUUCUCAUGUCUAUCUCCAUUUCCCGGCGUAAUGUGUUCUUUGGUUUUCCUCUUUUCCUUUGGCCUUGAGGAUUCCACGUGAGGGCUUGUGUUGUGACACAGUUGGGUGCUUUCCUCAGUGUAUGUCCUAUCCACUUCCAGCGCUUCUUCCUAAUUUCUUCCUCCACUGAGAUCUGGUUUGUUCUUUCCCACAGUUGGUUGUUGCUAAUAGUGUCCGGCCAACGGAUCCGAAGUAUUUUACUUAGACAACUGUUAAUAAACACCUGUAUCUUCUGGAUGAUGGGUUUCGUAGUUCUCCAGGUUUCCGCCCCAUACAGUAGAACUGUCUUGACAUUUGUAUUGAAAAUCCUGACCUUGGUGUUGGUUGACAGUUGUUUUGAGAUCCAGAUGUUCUUCAGUUGUAAGUAUGUUGCUCUCGCUUUGCUGAUCCGCGCCUUCACAUCUGCUUAACAUCCACCGUGUUCAUCGAUGAUGCUGCCCAAAUAUGUAAAGGCUUUUAUAUCUUUCAAAUCUUCUCCAUCAAGUGUGGUUUGAUUGGCGCAUUCUGUGUUGUAUCGGAGAAUCUUACUUUUCCGUUUGUGUAUGUUGAGGCUGCUGCUACACUGGUCGUCUUCUCGUGCAUUUGCUGUUGCGUGUGCGAUAGAAGAGCCAGAUCAUCUGUGAAGUCUAGAUCGUCCAGCUGCAUCAUAGCUGUCCACUGUAUUCCAUGCUUCCCCUUCGAUGUUGAUGUCUUCAUGAGAGUAAGCAACCUUGCCUGACACCGGUCUUUACCUCGAACGAGUUUGUCAACUGUCUUCCAUGCACGAUUUUGCAGUUUAAUCCAUCAUAGCGAUUCUGUAUGAUAUUGACUAUCUUCUGAGGCACGCCAUAGUGUCGAAGAAGCUAAGUGGUACAUAUAACUGUUUAAAUAUUCAUUGUAAUAGAUAAAUGUUAUUUACUUUAGGAUACGAAUAAUGAAAAUAUUAAUUUAGUGAUUUAGAUCACACGAUCCACGUUUGGGAAAUAUUUUUUCCUGGCAGCUUCGAUUUUGGAGCUGUGUUUGUUCUACAUAUUAAUUUUUUGUGAGCGUCCAGCAUGUUUAUCUAGCAAAAUUGUCGCAUUUGUCACUUAGUACUGAAAUCAGGAAAUGUUUUCAGCGGAUUUGUAUAGGUUCAAUUUGAAAACUGAUAUUUUAGUUAUUCUGUUAAAGUCUCAUAUCCUUCUUCACCUCAAAUACUGUUUUCAUCCGUCAAAUAUCAACUGUUACUCAAGGCUAAUUCGUACUUGAUUUAUUGAGUAGUAACAGCUCCUAAUGAUUACCUUUAAAAGUGUUGUAAAUAUUUGAAGUACGUCAAACAUAUAAAAACUAAAUGUUUUGCGCCAAAUUAGUGUAAUAAUCUAGUACUGUCAAGAGGGGCUUAAAACUUAAGAAUAAAUGGGUAAUGAAUUAUAAGCAAACUGAAACAUAUACAUCGCUGAUUACAGAACUACUUAUUGAAAUAUUCACUAUUUUAACUAGCUUUUAGGUAACCCACAUUCAGAAGAUUUAUUGAGAUUUCUAUGCCUACAUGAUUCAUAGUUUUUAAUAAAAUGUAAUUUAAAGUCACUCAUCUCACAUUUUUGAUAUUCCAGGAUGAAAAAUCGUCUAGUGUCGGAAGUUCCAACACCAGCUAGAAAAGUUCUUGAUCCUACUAUGCCACAUCCUGAUCGUUAUGAUUUGUAUGAUCCUAGAAAUCCUCUUAAUGUUCGUAAGAGGGGUGGAGAUGUGGAAAGUAUGAUAGAGAAAAAAUCUCGGCGUGUUUAAGAUGUUUCUGACAAAUUUGUAUUCAUUUUUCUGUACAUAAGUUGUUGUGAAUGUAUUUUAUACAGUGGAAUGCAGCACGUUUCUUCUAAUGAAUUAUAUAAGUUUUUGUAAUUCUUGAUUCACUUCCCUUACAAAACAAUCAAGUUUGUAAAUAACUGAUUUUAUUAACACACACUGUUCAACCCAAAA